AUGAGACUGGGCGGUGCAGACAAAAUCCAAGAAACGCCCAGGAUUCAGGAGCUGGAGAGGCGGGAAGGAGCCCAGCACAGCCUUCAGAGGAGCACGCCCUGGCCACACCUGGAUUCGGGAGCUGUGGGCUCCAGACUGCAGUCCGUCCUGGCUGGAGACCGCGGGGCUGGGGAGUGCUUUCCUUUCCCGCUGUUCGACGUCUGCGCAGUAUGGGUUUUUCCCAGCACCCCUGCACCCAGCUUGCUUUUGGCUGGUGUUUUGUGGCAGGGGACAGACAUGGAGGGCCAUGCACAACAGAGGGGCGCAUCAGGCAGGCGAGAAGCCUGGAGGCAUGUCACCUGGGAGCUGCGCUACUUUUGGCUGGUGAUGGUUCAUCCUGUGCUAAGGGACGUUUUGGCUGGAGAGGUACCCCCUCUCCUGCAUAAGGACACGCAUGCUGCGUGCAGUUCUCGUUGGACUGACGAGAAAUGCCGGAGCUGGUGGGAAGAGACCCCACAGCGCUGCGGGACUUUAGGCAUUCCUAAGUGGUUCAUCACAGAGGGCUUCUGCGGGCUGCUGUUGUUUCUGUCUCAGGCUUCCUGUCUUCUGGCGCUGCUGCUGCUGCUGGAGGGCGGCACGUUCUCCCCUCCUCCCUCCUGGCUGCUGGAGGAGCUCUGCCAGCACAUGGACCUCCACCAGGAUGAAUUUGUGCAGCUGCCUGAUAGCCAGAGUCUUCCCAUCCCUCCUAUCAUCCUGGCUGAACUGGGGAAUGAUCCGAAGAAACCCACCGUGUGCUUAUAUGAGCACCUGGAUGUGCAGCCGGCUCAGGAGAGCGAGGGGUGGCUCACGGACCCCUACACGCUGACGGAGGUGGAUGGUCAGUGACAUUAAAAACUGUAUGGACGAGGAUCUGUAGACAACAAAGGCCCCGUCCUAGCUUGGAUUCAUGCUGUGAGCGCCUUCAGAGACCUAGAGCAAGAUCUCCCUGUGAAUUCCAAGUUCAUCCUUGAAGGGAUGGAAGAAGCUGGUUCUGUUGCCCUAGAGGAACUUACCAAAAAAGAAAAGGACCGGUUCUUCUCCGGUGUGGACGACAUCGUGAUUUCAGAUCAUCUGUGGCUCAGUCGGACGGAGCCCGCGCUCACUUAUGGGACUCGAGGGAACAGCUACUUCCAGGUGGAGGUGAGAUGCAGAGAUCAAGAUUCUCAUUCAGGAACCUUUGGUGGUGUCCUCAGCGAGCCCAUGGCUGACUUGGUGGCUCUUCUCGGAAGCCUGGUGGAUUCCUCGGGUCAUAUCCUGAUCCCUGGAAUCUAUGACCAAGUGGCUCCUCUUAGAGAGGAGGGAAAAAAACUGUAUGAAGCCAUUGAAAUGGACCUAGAAGAAUACCGGAAUACCAGCCAGGUUGAGAAAUUUCUGUUUGAUACCAAGGAGGAAAUCCUCAUGCGUCUGUGGCGGUACCCAUCUCUUUCUAUUCACGGGAUGGAGGGUGCGUUCGAUGAGCCUGGAACUAAAACAGUUACACCUGGCCAGGUGAUAGGAAAAUUUUCAGUCCGUCUAGUCCCUCACGUGAACAUGUCUGUGGUGGAGAAACAGGUAACAAAUCACCUUGAGGACGUGUUCUCCAAAAGGAACAGCUCUAACGGCGUGGCUGCUUCCAUGACACUGGGACUUCGGCCGUGGAUUGCAAACAUCAGCGACAUGCGGUAUCUCGCAGCAAAAAGAGCCAUCAGCACAGUGUUUGGAACAGAACCAGAUAUGAUGCGGGAUGGGUCAACCAUUCCAACAGCCAAAAUGAUCCAGGACAUCAUUCAAAAGAGCGUGAUGAUGCUUCCACCGGGGGCUGUUGAUGAUGGGGAACACUCUCAGAGUGAGAAGAUCCACAGGUGGAACUACAUAGAGGGGUCCAAGUUGUUUGCUGCCCUUUUCCUGGAGAUUGCUAAGCUACAUUCAGGACAGUAGAAACUUCCAGUACUACCUGACCCACUGACAGAUCCCCUCUCACACCCCUUAGCAGAGAUGACAUCUGAACAUCCAAAGAAAUGUUGAUCCAAUCAAUUAUGUUUCCCCUUUCAUUUGAAAUGCCUUGGGACCUUUGAACCAAGAAUACAAUAUUUGGGAGACAAUGGAAAUGGUUUAACAUGUGAUUUAAAUCACUCACCUUUCCAAAGUCCCAGCUGCCUUCACCUUCAUUUCUCUGAGUCCUGUGCAGUAGUUCCAGGACAGUUCUUCAGUGAGUGAGACUCUCACCUUGCAAUACAAUGGGCAUAAUCCCUCCACUUUGCUUUCUAGGUUCUGAAACACCCAUGACACAUAAUUGUUCCACCCAGUGAUUGUUAGCACUUACAUCACUGUUGCUCUGACCACAGUUUCCUUUUAUCUUAUUAAUAAAAAUGUUGAUCUCCACCACUGAC